UAUACAAGGCGAGAGAGAAGUAUGCCAUUGUAAUCAAAUUUCCCAUAAGAAAAAGAGAGAGAGAGAGAGCUCCUCAUAUUCUUGACACCCUUUUGAGUUUUGAAGGUGUGGAUAAAGCGUGUGCUUGUGUGUGUAAAAAAAGGAGAAAUUUCCUUCAAGGUCCAAAAUUCUUGUUGAUCAGCAUGGGGAGGGUUACGGCGGCGCUGGUGGCGCUGUGGUUGUGGACGGCGGUGGUGGAAGCGGGAUACAUGAAAUACAUGGACCCAAAACAGCCGUUGAAUGUGAGGAUCAAAGACCUGAUGAGUAGAAUGAGUCUUGAAGAAAAGAUUGGGCAGAUGACACAGAUUGAGCGCAAGGUGGCAUCCACAGAUGUUAUCAAGAAAUAUUUUAUCGGGAGUAUUGUGAGUGGGGGAGGGAGUGUGCCAAGGCCCAGGGCUUCUGCUGAGAAUUGGAUCAACAUGGUGAAUGAGUUUCAAAAGGGUGCUCUUUCAACCCGUCUAGGGAUACCCAUGAUUUAUGGAAUUGAUGCAGUUCAUGGACAUAAUAACGCAUACAACGCCACGAUUUUCCCGCACAAUGUAGGUCUUGGAGUCACGAGGGAUCCAGAUCUUGUCAAGAAGAUCGGUGCUGCAACAGCUCUUGAAGUGAGAGCAACAGGAAUUCAUUACACUUUUGCUCCUUGUAUAGCGGUAUGCAGGGACCCAAGAUGGGGUCGCUGUUACGAGAGCUAUAGUGAAGAUCAUGAAAUUGUUCAAUCAAUGACUGAAAUCAUACCUGGUCUACAAGGAGAUGUGCCAUCAGAUUAUCCAAAAAACUUCCCAUUUGUGAAUCCAAGUAGUCAAAGGACAAAAGUUGCGGCCUGUGCAAAGCACUUUGUAGGAGACGGUGGCACAACCGAUGGUAUAAAUGAGAAUAACACUGUUAUAGACUGGAAUGGGCUGCUUAAUAUUCAUAUGCCGGCAUAUCUUGACUCAAUCAGAAAGGGCGUUGCGACAGUUAUGGUAUCAUACUCAAGCUGGAACGGCAAAAAGAUGCAUGCCAAUUAUGAUCUUAUAACGGGGUACCUAAAGCAAACGCUCAAAUUCAAAGGCUUCGUUAUAUCUGAUAUGUGGGGCAUUGAUCGAAUAACGACUCCUUCUCGUGCAAACUAUACUUAUUCUGUUCAAGCUGGAAUUCAUGCUGGUAUUGAUAUGGUUAUGGUUCCAGACGAGUAUGUCGAGUUCAUUGAUGAUCUCACUUUACUGGUAAAGAAGAAUGUGAUCCCAAUGAGCAGAAUCAAUGAUGCAGUGAGGAGGAUCUUGAGGGUCAAAUUUAUCAUGGGCCUGUUUGAAAAUUCAAUGGCUGACCUCAGUUUGGCUGAUCAACUUGGAAGCCAGGAUCACAGAGAGUUGGCUAGAGAAGCUGUGAGGAAAUCACUUGUGCUUCUGAAAAAUGGUAAAAGCAGCAACCAGCCAGUGCUUCCUCUUCCAACAAGUUCAGAGAAGAUACUUGUGGCUGGAAGCCAUGCCAACGACAUAGGCAACCAGUGUGGUGGAUGGACCAUUGAAUGGAACGGACAAACGGGCAACAUUACAGUCGGUACCACGAUUUUGACAGCUGUGAAAAACUCUGUCGAUGAAUCCACUGAAGUUGUCUACAAUGAGAAUCCUGAGGCUGAGUUUCUCAAGGCCAACAACUUCUCUUAUGCCAUAGUAGUUGUGGGAGAGCUACCUUAUGUGGAAACAAACGGUGACAGCAAGAAUUUGACUAUAGCUGAGCCUGGUUACAGCACGAUAACUAACGUCUGUGAAGCUGUGAAAUGUGUUGUCAUUAUCAUUUCUGGACGGCCCAUUUACAUUGAACCUUACCUUGAAAAGAUCGACGCCUUGGUGGCUGCUUGGCUACCGGGGACAGAAGGCCAAGGGAUUACCGAUGUUCUAUUUGGUGAGUAUGGUUUCACGGGCAAGCUUGCACGUACGUGGUUUAGGACAGUUGAUCAGCUACCAAUGAACAUUGGUGAUCCACAUUAUGAUCCUUUGUUUCCAUUCGGCUAUGGUCUUACAACCAAUCCUAGGUUGCUAAAGGCAUCCCAGUAAAAUUCUAUCAAUCACGUUCGUUUUCUGAUGAUCCACAUUGUCUUGUUUAUAGUACAUACAAUCUUUCGUAUAAUUAGUUGGGAUCAACUAAAUUCGAUUCAAAUAAGAAUUAUGGGAACUGCUCCUUCUUGUUAGAUUGUGCAGAAAUCUUGUGGAAGAAAAAGUCUGUAUUAUUCUUUCUUAAAAUUGCUUCACUCAAA